AGCGUCCCCGACGAGAAUCGUGCGGACUGCCCAUUCACCGUAAACGUCGUCUCGGAGCUGGAGCGCAGCGACAAGGACGGCGGGCCCAAGUACAAGAAGCGGAAACAGGACAAGCCGGCGGAGGACUCCAGCAAAAAGGUCCUGACGCAGAACGCCGUGUUCCAUCCCGAGGGCAAGUUCAAGACGGGCCAGUCAAUGAAGCUGGUGUACAAUGUAGAUCCGCGGAAGCAAUGGCUGGACAUGACACGCUACAACAGCUUUGUUCUCAACGGCGUCAAAUACUACACCGAGGAUUUUGUUUACGUGGCGAACGAGGCGACCAUGGAACGACAGAACUCGCUGCCCGCCGGGGCUAGCAAGGUGGCCAAGAAGGCGGACUACUGGGUGGCACGAAUACUCGAGGUGCGAGCCUCGGACGAGCAUCACGUAUACGCCCGUGUCUAUUGGAUGUACUGGCCUGAAGAGCUGCCUCUUGGGACGCUGGAAGGCAAGAAGCAGAUUUCGGGACGCCAGCCAUACCACGGACAGCAUGAGCUGGUUGCAUCCAACCACAUGGACAUAAUCAACGUUGUCAGUGUCGUCAUGGGCGUCAAUGUCAAGCAAUGGAUUGAAUCAAACGAUGACGAUAUACAAGAGUCUCUCUAUUGGAGACAGGCGUUUAAUUGCAGGACGUCAGAGUUAUCGUCUGUUGCUCUUGUCUGCAAUUGCAAGACUCCUGCCAAUCCCGACAAAACCCUCGUGGGUUGCUCAAACAAGACCUGCGAAGAGUGGAUGCAUAUCGACUGCUUACUCGACGAUGUUCUCACCCGAGUGUACGAUCGAUUAGGGACGGACACGCCCCAUAAGCCCGAAAAGCCUGUCAUCAAGCAGGAGGCAAAGGAGGAUAUCAUAAGAGAGAAGCCAAAAGAAGGAACAAACGGGGACUUGCCUUACCGCCUAUUGAGUCCAGACGAGGCAGAGGACAGGAAAUCGCCCAUAGUCGCCAACAGCGAAGUAAAAGACCAAGUACUGGUGAAGCAACGAGACGAUGAAUCGUCCAAAGCCACAGAAACUCCAACACCUGCGCCGGAUAAGUCGUCGAAAUUUGGCUUGGUAAAGCGAGGAAAGCGCAAGAAGCUGUCAAAGAAGCCUUGGGAAGGUCUCUUUGAAGCGACCCUCAAGAUGAACGAGGGCCCUACGGUCUGGGAGAUAACAGACCUAAGAGAGGGCAUUGAGGGAGGAGAGAAGAAGUGGACUGAGCAGGCAUAUUGCCUGUUGUGCAGCACAGUCAUCGAGUGA